AUGUCUGAGAAGAGCCAAAUUCCCGAUAACAACAACACGUCUUCGUCGGCGAAGAAACCGGCGCCGGAGAUCGGAUCCGGUUCGAGUUACUCGGGUCAGAGGAGGACGUAUCCUAACCGGCCAGAGUCGGUGAAUCCGGAUCAGGCGACGCUGAGGGAGCAAUGGAAGUUCGCAAUCCGGCAGUACAGCAAGUGGUACUCACACGCUUGGGGAACUGCGAUUCUCGCCGGCGGCGUCUUUUUCGGACUCGGUUGGAUCAUCAAAGGCUCUAAUCCUCUUCCUUCACUUCAAUCGGGCUCUAAGCAUCCUAAACCCGAUGAAGAAAAAUGA